UAUUUUCAUUUAAUUCUAUCGAUUCUAUCAAAAGUAUAUUUCAUUUGAAUUAGUUUUCAAUUAUUUAAUAAUAAUAUUAUAAUAAUUGUUAAAUAAAAGUGUUGUUCAAAACAAUGACUGUUAAGUCAAAUAUCAAUCAAUACAAUGAAGACAUACAAUGAUUAUCAAAGCUAUUGAUCGAUGACUUCUUGUAUUUUGAAAGACAACAGCACUCGACAUACAGUAUUAAGACAACUAUCACUUCAAUUGAUGCCAUCAAUUGAUUAACCGUUAUGUGAUAUAUUUUGACCAAAAUAUUGAUGACCACAUUAUCACCGACCACUGCAACUGAAACCAAAUAUUAUUGACAUAUCAUAUGCCGAAGAUAUCAGUGACCACUUUAUUAUAAUAAACAAUGAGAAGAGUCAUCUUAAGACGUCUUAAAUAUCUGUUAUUUGUUCCCAUUUUACUCAUUGCAUUGAUUUCAUUCAUUAAAAUCAAUUCACAUCUCAAUAAUGACAUUUCGGAAAAUAAAGCACUUCGACUUAAGAAUGAUUAUGUGGUACCACAGCCACAGACUUCCAGAAUUAGUAGCUCAUUGACCGAAAAUAUUGACGAUAAUAAGGUAUAUUGGAAGUACUUCAAUGAGAAAGACUAUAUAUCAAAGGCAACUGUGGCUCCAAUGGGUGACGCAUACGUCAAGAAUAAGUUUAAUCAGAUGGCCAGCGAUCGACUGACCAGCAAUCGGGACAUUCCUGACACUAGACAUUAUGGCUGCUAUUCCAAGAAAUAUGACGAACAGUAUUUACAUCCGACAAGUGUUAUCAUAACGUUCCACAAUGAGGCCCGAUCUACACUCUUGAGGACUAUUGUGUCGGUACUUAAUAGAAGUCCCGAACAUUUGAUUCGAGAAAUUAUUUUAGUCGAUGACUUCAGUAAUGAUCCGUCGGAUGGCGAAGAGUUGACAAAAAUACAAAAAGUUAAAGUCAUUAGAAAUAACCGAAGAGAAGGAUUAGUCAGAUCCAGAAUCAAAGGCGCCGAUGCGGCUAUCGGUCCAAUACUUACAUUUUUGGACAGUCAUUGUGAAUGUAAUACAAAUUGGUUGGAACCACUACUUGAACGCGUUGGUCAGAAUCCAUUUGCUGUCGUCUCUCCCGUUAUCGAUGUUAUAAAUAUGGAUACCUUUCGAUAUAUUGCCGCUUCUUCUGAAUUAAGGGGAGGUUUUGAUUGGAAUUUGGUUUUCAAAUGGGAAUAUCUUCCUCAAAGUGUUAGGAACGCCCGUAACAGUGACCCAAUUACACCAAUUAAAACUCCAAUGAUCGCCGGCGGACUGUUUUCAGUUAAUAAAACAACAUUUGAAACUUUAGGCAAAUAUGACACACAAAUGGAUAUAUGGGGAGGAGAAAACUUAGAAAUAUCAUUUCGUGUUUGGCUUUGUGGCGGACAACUUGAGAUAAUUCCGUGUAGUCGUGUCGGACAUGUCUUUAGGAAACAACAUCCGUAUGUGUUUCCAGGAGGCAGUGGAACAGUAUUUGCUAGAAAUACAAGAAGAGCAGCUGAAGUCUGGAUGGAUGACUACAAAAAGUUUUAUUACGAUUCAUAUCCGGCCGCAAAGUUUAUCGAUUUUGGAGAUAUAUCAGAUAGAGUGGCCAUUAAAGAUAAACUUCAUUGUAAACCAUUUAAAUGGUUUUUGGAUAAUGUUUAUCCAGAACUGGUAGUUCCGCAAAAAACUGAGCCAAAAUCAACUAUUAGUCAAUCAGAUAUGUGUUUGGAUACAUUGGGCCGAACAAUGGGUUAUUCAAUUGGUCUUUACAAAUGUCACGGUCAGGGAAACAAUCAGGAGUGGCAGUUCACUAGUGAUGGCUUUAUUAAGCACAACAAUCUUUGUUUAGCAAUUACCGGCACCAAACCUAAUCGCCCGGUGCUUCUUAUUGAUUGUAACGAUGUUGAUAGUCAGAAAUGGAGGAAAGUAUUUGAUAAACAUAUUCAACAUAAGACAAGUAAGUUAUGUCUUGACUCCCAGCGCUCAUCACAACUGGGAAUAACUGCUGACAACUGCGAUAACAAUUCUAAGAGUCAGUUCUGGGAGAUUAAAGCAAUUUAAACAAACAGAUUGUCAGACAAACUAUCUAUUCAUCGAAUUUAUCUUUUUAAUAGUCAUUUUGGAUUAGUAUUUA